GAGUCGGGAGAUGGGGAGAGCCUCGAGGAUCGGCUUUCUCCUUCUCUCGCUGUCUCUAUUGUUGCAGGGAAUACGAGCUUCUUCAACUUCGCCUCCUUUACAGAUUAAUCAGGAAUUUGGAGAAUCAGUGACUUCAAGGAUUCUUAAGCAAGAGCAGGAUCAAACUCAUAAAGUAUAUUGUUCCAGAGAAAGGAGUCGUGCUGCCUGGAAAAUCAUUGAUGAGUAUUUGAUGCCUUUUGUUGAGCAAGAGCAAUAUCAAAUUCCGAGUGGAUGCAGGCUUCAUCCAGACAAUGAUCUAUUCAGAGAUCAGGAGAGGCACAAGGCCCAUGUGGAUAUAAAUGAAUGGCGAUGUGGGUACUGUAAGAAAAGCUUCCGGGCAGAGAAGUUUCUUGACCAGCAUUUUGACAAUAGACACUCCAAUCUGCUGAAUGUUAGUCAUGGCAAGUGCUUGGCAGAUUUAUGUGGGGCAUUGCAUUGUGAUCUUGUGAUGGAUUCGAAGUUGCAGAAAAUUAAGUGUAAUCCAGCAGCUGCAGCAAGGAGCCGUCAUCUUUGUGAGAGCCUUGCCGACAACUGUUUUCCUGUCAACAAGGACCCUUCAGCAAGCCGUCUUCAUGAAUUAUUCUUACGGCAAUUUUGUGAUGCUCAUACUUGCAAAGGAAAGCGAAAACCAUUCUCUAGAGGGGGCAGGAAGAAAACAAGUGCACUGUACAUCGUACUUUCAAUAUUGACUUUGAUGCUGCUGCCUAUAUUCUAUGUUUUUGUCUAUCUCUUCCAAAGAGAAAUGAAAAGUGGUGUCCAAGAUUUGAAGCGCAUCUCAAAAGUCGGACGCAAGACAAAGUCGUAUUAGUUUGAAUCGUCUGCUUUUUGCCAAUGAUGGUCAGAUUCUUUGUAUCAAGCAUCAUUGAAGACAAAGGAUGGUUAUGGUGGCUGAGCAGGCUUCUGAUUUGCAUCAGCAGAGAUUUUGGCUCCUUGACUUGAUGAUUGGUGGUGAUUGGGUCUGUACUUUGAAGAAGCAAUAUUUGAUCACCAUUCUUCUCCUGGCCUAUUUCUAUGUAAAAUUACAGCUUUCCUGUUGCUU